CGGUGUGUUUGCGUUCUCCGCCAGAAACUCUGUUCCAUGUUUUUUUUUUCGCGAAUACGCAAACUCUGUUCCAUGUAACAACACAACACAACGCUAGGACUCGUAUCAACGGAGGAAAGGAGAGGAGAUUGAUCCCAAAGGCGACCGUCAGCUUGAUCAGAAUCAGAAGCCUACAAGGUUACGGCUUCCGGGAGUUGGUUGGGCGCCAGAAACUCGGGCCGCAAGCCACACGGGCGGAAGGGAAAGAGUUCGUGCUCCCAAAGAUUCGCACUUGAGCUCUUCUAUAUAGUUUUUAUUAUUUUUAUUAUACCAUCAUUAUACUCCCUAGCUUUCCGAUCUUUUUCGUUGUCUGGUUCUUCUCUCCUGCGUGCGAACACCUAGAAGGCGCGGCCGCAGCUCCCCCUCCCGGCGCCGCUCCCUCGCGCGCCCGUGGUCGCCGGCGGCAACCUAGAGAUUCAGGAUAUUUAUGCCUUUUUGUUGACACGAAAAGCCAAUGGCGAGAGGACUGGAUUCAGAUUAUAUUGGUUCUCUUUCACUCAUGGAUGGAUUUGAUAUGGGUAUCGCGUUUGAUGGGUUUGGAGAAAAUAUGAAGAAGUUCAUGGAGUUACCGAUCAAAUAUCUUGAUUCUGCUCACGAUAAAGCUGUUGAGCUAGUUGAGGAUAUCCAUGCGCUGAUUUACGCUCACUCUCCUGACGAUAAAUUGCCGGACAAAGACCAUGGGACAUUAACGGACCCAUCUAGUAACUAUACCGUAACCAGAUCUCCCUCCACAUCUGUUGAAAUGCAUCAAGUUAACCCUAAUGAAGAAUUCUACGGUUCUCCAUCUCUCGUUACCGUGGAAGACCUUUCUCUCAGCUCAACUGCUACUGAUGUUCAUGGAACUGAACCGGUUUCAUCAACAAGUCCAGCCAUGUGUGCUUCUGAAGACUCCAUUUCACUUAAGAUAACUGCUGACACCAAGGAGGAAGUUACUAUUUGCAUUGCAGAGUAUCUCUCAGAUAACGGCACUCCUGAAAAUCAUAAUUCAUUAGGGAGAUCUGUUAGAAGUGAGGAGGAAAUUAUAUUAUGGAAUCCAUCGAAUACUGUAACACCACCACAAUCAUCUGAACAAGCUACCGUAGUCCAGGAUUAUGUAUCUGAAGAAGUGAACGCAAAUAAAAUCUUCAAGCAACUUGAACUCAAUGGUUCAGGACAUUCAGAAUCUUCUGCUUUUGAUGGAGCAAUUCUGCUUGGAAAGGGAAAUGGUGAAGAGCGAUCAGAAUUAUGCAAUGCGAACAGCCAUGAAGAAUCAGCAAAGCACGACAAUAAUGUGUCUACUGACGUAAAGGAUUUGCCUGUUGGGACUUUUUCACAUUACUUGAGCGCAGAGGUGUUUAUCGGUGCUGAUGAUCCAAAUAUGUCUACUGACGAGACCACCGAUUUUGUUAAUAUAGACCUCCGGGAUGGCCAGGAGCAGGUGAAAUAUAACAAAUCAGAGGCAACCUGGGUUCUUCAACCAAAAAACACAUCAUUCAAGAAAGUGUUGAUGAGGAGCUUGUCAAAUAAACUCCGGUGGUCAAAAAAAGAGAUGACUGUGCAUCAGGCCGCCCCCUUUAGACCACAGAAAUCAGUAGAUAUUCACUAUGAAGUAGUUUGUUCAGCAGAUGGUCUGGAGGAUGAUUGGGAACUCUUGUAAAUCUGCAUGAAAUUCCAUGUCUCUGGUUACAGGGGAAAAUCUCGUGUAAACCGAAGUUCCUUGAUUGCUCCUCCUAUCUCGAAAGGAUGCAAAUGUUGAGGGUUUGUAUCUCUACGGCACCAUCUAUCGGUGCAUCGGCAUUACUGUAAAUCUGAGCUGAGGUUAUGUAAUUAUGUAAAGCUCUUCUAGUUUUCUCUUCAUGGCCUGAAUUUUGUACUGAUCUGAGCUGGUGCAGCCAAGGAUAUCUACACCUAGUUUUCAGCUGCUUAUUCCCCCCUAUCUACUAGCGUUUCAGUUUAACUACAUACAGACAUUGACAUUUCCUCUGUUAAUAAAAAAGGUUAGCAUUUUCUCUUUUGCA